AUGGUCGACUACCGCGCAAAGCUCGUUCUGGCUCCGAUGGUCCGUAUAGGCGAGCUCCCGACUCGUCUCCUGGCUCUCAAAUAUGGUGCGGAUCUUGUUUGGGGACCAGAAAUCAUCGACAAACGGCUCGUUCGCGCUGAACGGGUCUACAAUCCAGUUCUUAAUACAGUUGACUUUAUUCAAAAAGACGGCAAUAAAAAGGUGCCAGGAACCACUGACCUUGUUUUCAGAACGUACAGAAAGCUCGAGCAGGGCAAGUUGAUUUUCCAGCUCGGCACCGCAAGCCCAGAACUCGCUGUUCAGGCUGCCAAGAUUGUGGCUGCCGACGUGGACGGCAUAGACAUUAAUGCAGGCUGUCCAAAACAUUUUUCCGUUCAUUCGGGAAUGGGGGCCGCCUUGCUCAAAACUCCAGACGUUCUGUGCGCUAUUCUAUCGUCUCUCGUGGAGCAGGUUGGUAAACCAUUCCAAAAGCCAAUAAGCGUCAAGAUCAGACUCUUGCCAGAACAACAGCAGACCCUGGACCUUGUGCGCAAACUGGUCAAGACAGGAAUUGCAAAUCUGACUGUUCAUUGCCGGACGCGAGAAAUGAGGAAUGGCCAGCCCCCAAUCAGAGACUACAUUGACAAAAUCAAAGAGAUCUGUGUUGAGGCAGACGUGAGCUUGAUAAUCAACGGCGGGAUCAAGAGCUACCAUGAAUUCAAGGAGAUGCAGGAAAAGUAUGGAAGCGACAUCAGUUGCAUGAUUGCUUCCAAGGCAGAAACCAACCCUACCGUAUUCAAUCCUGAAGGGCCGCUUCCAUGGCCCAAGCUUGCCAAAGAGUAUGUCAGAUUUGCACAGCAAUUCAACAACUCUCGAACGAACUCGAAGUACUGUCUUGCGGUCAUGAUGCCAAACACGCGGGGCAAGAACGUGAUAUGCAGGCUGGUGAGUCAGGCUAAGGAGAACGAUGAGAUCUAUGAUGCUGUGCUCAACAAGAUGGACGACGAGGGUAAAUAUAUCGGUGAAGAGAUCCAGGACAGCAACGCAAAGGUCGAAGACAGACAGGAGUUGAAGCGCAAGCUGGAUCUGGAAGAGGCAGAAAACCUCAAGCGCAUAAGAGUGUAG